AUGUCAGGACAUCACCGCAUCACCCUCGCCGCCAAUCCCCCCUACUUCGAUGGCGACAAGUCCAAGUACCUGGGCUUUGUGGAUGCGUGCACCACUUACAUCGGUGCCUAUCGGUCAGAGUUCUCGCUGGACGAGACGAAAAUCCUCUUCGUCCUGUCCUACCUCCGAAAUGAGAGCGGCACAAGCUGCGCCGCCUCGAGAUGGGCGAUGAACUGGAAGCAGCACAAUUUCGAGGGCUUCCAAGGACUAAAGGCGGGAGUCACCGCAACAAGCUUCUUGGAGGAGCUUCAGAGGGCCUUUGGGGAUUCCAACGCAGAGCAAGUCGCUGCCGCCCGACUCAUGGCCCUUCGCCAGGGCAGACGGUCCUGCGCGGACUACAUCUCCGACUUCGAAAUGCUGGCUGCAGACGCGGGGUACAACGUGGUCACUUCCACCGACAGCAAGGGCGAGUACAAGAAGGGGGAACAGGACAACAUCCUCAUCGAGUUCCUGGAGCGCGGACUCAGCAGCGAAAUUGCAAGCCGCCUCUACAACACCGGCGUUCCCCUGCCCAAGGCAUAUGGUGCCUUCCUCCGACCCAACCAGCUGCCAACGAACCGGUCCCGAUGGAAAUCGAUCCCUGGGCACAUCGCGCGGAAUUGUCCAGAGCCCAAGAAGAAGCGCACGUUCUUCAAUCGGGCCACAAUGCUGGAAGAGAUCGAGAACAGGGAUAAGGACAACGAGUUCCUCAAGGAGAUUGCUGAGAAGCUGCACGAGAAGGGUUUUUGA